CUCCCGGGACCGUUUCUCCGGGAUCUCGGUACCGUCCCCCCGAGCUGUGUCCCCGGCCGGGAUCACAGCGGGAAGAGGAUCCGGAGUGGAUCCGGGGGGAAGCGGCCAUCGGGGGCGGCCCCUCGGCCCUGGGGGUCCUCAGGGUGGGUAGGAAGGGGAGACAGGGGCUGGGCCCGGUGCGGGACAAGUGCCGCCCUUUAACCCCUUGCUCGCCUUAACGGGAGAGCCGGCGAACUGCAGAGCGAGGCGGGGGGGGGGGCAAGAGGCGCCUUGUGCCCGGUCUGUUCGGGGCUAUGAUAGAGAGACUGCCUCUCUUCACCGACCCCAGCCCCCUAAAACAACCUGCCGGGGGUCGCCAGGCCCAGUCGUUCCCGUGUUGUGACUUUCCCGCAUUAAACUUCCCCCUCACCGGAUUUUCUGUCCCAGGGGCGGGAGCUGAGGGAGCCCGCUCGGGCCGGUGCUCCUUCCGAUCCAGCUGCGGGGGCCAGUCCCUGUCCGGCCCGGUGGAGAGGGGAGGUCAGCAGGGACCAGGUGGGAGAUGUCUCCAUCCUGAUCCCUCGGCUUCCCCAUAGGUGGGCGUGGGGCCCCUGCCGGCCGCUUCUCCCCAUCCCGCUCCACGCCCACGGAGCAUCCCCAGCUGCAGGGCUCAGCAGGUCCCGGCUCCCCCAGCCCCGUCGGGGGCACCGAGGGGCGGGGAGGGGGAGCAGAAGGGCCCAGGCCCGGCUCCUCGGGGCGGCUCGGGAGCCCCGCGGCGGAGCUGGCGUCCAUCACCGCGGUGUCGAGGCGGGCUCCGUCCCACUCCCAUCCCCCCCCCCGGCCUCCCCGAGGCCUGCGCUCGUCUCUGGCUGAGCCGCCAGUGGAUGUCGUUGUUCUGUUCCUUGAGCGCGAUGUCACUCCUUUAGCAUGACCUCAAACGCGGCGGGGGCUGGGACCGCCAGUCAUUCUCCGUGCGAGGGCCGGGGCGGGAGGCAGGCGGGACCCAGCCCCGCCGCCAGCCCCACUUUUGUGGUGCCGCCGCCGUCGCGGUCUCCCCUUUCUCCGCGGGGCUGGCCGCGGGGCGGGCGAUGCUCCGGGCUCCCUGAGCCGCCGCACCGCGUCCCCGGCCGAGGUGCCCCGCGGAGCGGCGCGGUCGAGCGGCGGCUCCCCGGUGUGGCCCGUGUCCCCCUCCCCGCUGUCCCCACGCCGCGCGGAGGUCGCGCAGGAUGCCGCGGAGGGGAGCGGAGGCGCCGCUGGCCCUGCUGCUGGCGGCGGCGUGGCUGGCGCAGCCCCUGCGCGGCGGCUACCACGGCGUGAGCAUGUUCGCCGUGCAGACCGCCCAGCCCGACCCCUGCUACGACGAGCACGGGCUGCCCCGCCGCUGCAUCCCCGACUUCGUCAACUCGGCCUUCGGGAAGGAGGUGAAGGUGUCCAGCACCUGCGGGAAGCCGCCGUCGCGGUACUGCGUGGUGACGGAGAAGGGCGAGGAGCAGGUCCGCACCUGCCACCUCUGCAACGCCUCCGACCCCAAGCGCGCCCACCCGCCCUCCUUCCUCACCGACCUCAACAACCCGCACAACCUGACCUGCUGGCAGUCCGACAGCUACGUCCAGUAUCCCCACAACGUCACCCUCACCCUCUCCCUCGGCAAGAAAUUCGAGGUGACCUACGUCAGCCUGCAGUUCUGCUCGCCGCGCCCCGAGUCCAUGGCCAUCCACAAGUCCAUGGACUACGGCAAGACCUGGGUGCCUUUCCAGUUCUACUCCACGCAGUGCCGCAAGAUGUACAACAAGCCGAGCCGCGCCGCCAUCACGAAGCAGAACGAGCAGGAGGCGGUGUGCACCGACUCGCACACCGACGUGCGGCCCCUCUCCGGCGGCCUCAUCGCCUUCAGCACCCUGGACGGCCGCCCCACCGCCCACGACUUCGACAACUCGCCCGUGCUGCAGGACUGGGUGACGGCCACCGACAUCAGGGUGACCUUCAGUCGCCUGCACACCUUCGGCGACGAGAGCGAGGACGACUCCGAGCUGGCCCGCGACUCCUACUUCUACGCCGUGUCCGACCUGCAGGUCGGCGGGCGCUGCAAAUGCAACGGGCACGCGUCGCGCUGCGUCCGGGACCGCGACGACAGCUUGGUGUGCGACUGCAAGCACAACACGGCCGGCCCCGAGUGCGACCGCUGCAAGCCCUUCCACUACGACCGGCCCUGGCAGCGAGCGACGGCCCGGGAGGCCAACGAGUGUGUGGCCUGCAACUGCAACCUGCACGCGCGGCGCUGCCGCUUCAACAUGGAGCUGUUCAAGCUGUCGGGGCGCAAGAGCGGUGGGGUGUGCCUCAACUGCCGGCACAACACAGCGGGCAGGCACUGCCACUACUGCAAGGAGGGCUUCUACCGCGACCUCAGCAAGCCCAUCUCCCACCGCAAGGCCUGCAAAGAGUGCGACUGUCACCCCGUGGGUGCCGCCGGCCAGACCUGCAACCAGACCACGGGCCAGUGUCCCUGCAAGGACGGCGUCACCGGCAUCACCUGCAACCGCUGCGCCAAGGGCUACCAGCAGAGCCGCUCCCCCAUCGCCCCCUGCAUAAAGAUCCCGGCUGCUCCACCCACCACGGCCGCCAGCAGCGCGGAGGAGCCCGCAGACUGUGACUCGUACUGCAAAGCCUCCAAGGGGAAGCUGAAGAUCAACAUGAAGAAGUACUGUAAGAAAGACUAUGCUGUCCAGAUCCACGUCCUGAAAGCAGAGAAGAACGCGGACUGGUGGAAGUUCACGGUGAACAUCAUCUCUGUCUACAAACAAGGCAGCAACCGGAUCCGCCGCGGAGACCAGACCCUGUGGAUCCACUCCAAGGACAUAGCCUGCAAGUGCCCCAAAAUCAAGCCCAUGAAGAAAUAUUUGCUGCUGGGCAACAACGAGGACUCCCCCGACCAGAGCGGCAUCAUUGCGGACAAAACCAGCCUGGUGAUCCAGUGGCGGGACACGUGGGCCCGGCGGCUCCGGAAGUUCCAGCAGCGGGAGAAGAAGGGGAAGUGUAAGAAAGCCUAAAGGAGGAGGAGGAGAGGAGAGACUGACUGUGCAUGCUGCUUUGUGUAGAGCUGGGGC